AAAUACGUAGUUAACUGCCUGGCACACUUCGACUAGUUCAUAGUAAAAGUCUCUGGAAAUCGAGGAUUUGGAGCCACUAGCGUCCCAAGAGAUAUCAAAUCUUAUACACUUCAAUUCCAUACUGCUAAACCCAAAUGGGUUUUGAAGAUUAAGUCUUAAUAUUAGUGAUGAGCGAGUUCUAUUCGAGCGAAAUGCCCAUUGCCAAGGACCAUACCGAAAUCGAUGUCGAGACGAACUCGAAUUCACCAACUCCGUUCAAUGCAUCUGAAUCAAUGGGGAUACCCGUGAAAAAGAAGACACCGUCUGAGUGCUCACAUAAAGUAAUUGAGAAAAGAAGAAGAGACAGGAUAAAUAAAUGCCUUGUGGACCUUGGUCAUAUAAUACCAAAAGCACAGGGCUCAGGUAAAUUAGAAAAGGCAGAAGUACUAGAAUUGACAGUUGAAUAUAUCAAGAAGCUUCACAAUUCUACAAUGAACAGCACAAAUGGUGAUAGCACUAUAAAUAGAGCCAGCAGUGAUGGACAGAACUCUCAGGACAAAGAGCAACCCACAGCAUGUACAAAAAGAGAACUGCAAAGCUAUUCCAAAGGCUACAGUGACUGUACAAAUGAGGUGUUGCACUUUAUGAUCACCGUCGAAGCAACAGACCCUCAAUUACCUUGCUUUCAACGGCUUAUGGCACAUCUCAGAAACAACUGUCGUCUGCUGGUAGACUUUGAAAAUACCAAAAAAGAACACCACAAGUCAAGUUCUGUGGCAAGUCUUAAACUACACAAUAAACGAAGCUUUGCUAAUAUCGAGGGGCAAAGUGGAGGGCCAAAAGCAAAAAGGUCACGUGAGAAAUCUGAUAGUCCACGUGACAAUUCCGCCACAAAUGGUAAUGGAAAUGACGAACCUAAACCCCCUCCGAGUAUAUCUGGGAUGACACCAGAGGACAAAGUUUAUAAAGCUGCGUUUAAGAACAGUAACGGCGAUAAAGGAAACCCAGCUAACGUCCUUCCUACGUACGCAAACAAUUUGUUUCCAAUCGGUAACCAAGGCUACCCGACGCCGUAUGGCCUCCCGGCCUACGCCCUCUAUCCUGCUGGAACACACUACGUCCCAGUCCCUAUCCAAACUGGAGUUCAAUUUCCUGGCAAUAACCUAAGUGGAUCUAUUCUACCUGCACCAAUUGUUGCACCAGGGCUUGGUUACUUAGGGUCACAUAUUCCUGGCAUGUCAACGCUGCCUAUUGGAGGUUUAUCAAACCCUUUCAGUGGACUUGUUCCUCCUUAUGUCCCUAUGGGGGGUAUAGGAGGGAUUACAUCUUUGAAAGGACCUGAGGGCCUACCAGCAUACCUUGCCCAGGACGCAAAGUCUAAAGAAAGAAACCAAGAAAGAGCUCAAGAUUCAAGCGGAAGCAGUGAAAACGACUCAAGUGGGGAUGAGUAUAACUACUCAACAACUUCUUCAAGUAAUUUAUCAGAUGUCGGUAUUCAGACCGAUCACACGAUUGACCACUCGGACUAUUACAGUUCUGGUAGUCGGUGACCAUUGGGCCUUAACAGUGCUGAUAGUCGGUGGCCACUCGGACUUUAUAGUGCUGGUAGUCGGUGGCCACUCGGACUUUAUAGUGCUGGUAGUCGGUGACCACUCGGAGUAUUACAGUGCUGGUAGUCGGUGACCAUUCGGACUAUUACAGUGCUGGUAGUCGGUGACCACUCGGAGUAUUACAGUGCUGGUAGUCGGUGACCAUUCGGACUAUUACAGUGCUGGUAGUCGGUGACCACUCGGACUAUUACAGUGCUGGUAGUUGGUUAGUAGUUGGAGUGUAAUACUGCUCUGAUAAUUUGUAUAAUACUAUAAUUUACCAGUCGCUACAGAUCAAUUCGGUCUAGUAUUCUUAAAUCCUUGUAGCAUCCACAGGUACCCAAGGGUUCUGUCGCUCGUUCAUUGCGCGCGCAUCAAGGCCGGUAACCCUUGAGUUCUUGAGGAUACGUCGUAGUGGGCGGAAAAAGUUAAACUUUUGGGAUAAUAUACCAUGAAUGGUAGUUUUCUGUUUCAGUAUUUCAGAAACCAAUGCAAUUGUAACUUUGAGCCUUCUAUUGGUCAAGAGUUGAGAUGAAAUAGAUUAUUAACCAGACCAUUAUAAGGGAAUCGCCGAUAGAGUGAAGUCUUCUCUACUGUUUUCAUAGCAGGACACUUUUGAGCCCAAUGCCAUUCGAUUCUCUUGACUGAACAUCGAAACCAUUCUCGUACCCAGCUCCUUAUCCGUUUCCUUUAGAGGUUCUGGUUGGAGACAAAUGAGUCUUUAUUUUUAUUGAUUCGAAAAUUGCUCUGCGCCAUCAGUAUGAAUAUAUUGAAAGGCUUAUAUUGUUUGUCUUCUGGUAUCGUCUCCAACCAGAGGCUUCGAUUUUCAGUUAGGAAACUGAGAAGGGCCUGGGUACGAGAACGAAACCUGUGCUAGUUAAGAAAAUCGACGGCGAAUGAUUGAAAAUAGCAUCGAUCUUUGAAAGUGUGGUAUAGGUACUACAUAUAUUUGAAUAUAUAAUUAAUAAUUAAUAGCGACAUAAGAGCAUUCUAUGUGUACAUGAGAACCAUACAUAUGGACAUCCAUAUAUGAAAGUCAUGCGAAAGACUCUACUCAAUAGUUCUUAGGGAGAAACAAUUGGAUUUAAUCCUAUAAUGUACAUAUUAUUUGGAAAUAAAAAAAUGUAAAGAAGUGAAAUCAAUUAAAAUUAUCUUGAAUGGAA